CCAGUCAAAAAAAAGACGCUUUGCGCGCGCCCGCGGUCACAGUUGUGGUAGAACAGUGGUAGCGAGUGCAGGGACCAUGGCUGGUGGCAAGGCAGGCAAGGACUCCGGCAAGGCGAAAGCCAAGGCAGUAUCACGCUCGGCCAGGGCUGGUCUGCAGUUUCCUGUCGGUCGUAUCCAUAGACACCUGAAGAACAGGACCACUAGCCAUGGCAGAGUUGGUGCCACGGCGGCAGUCUACAGCGCUGCCAUCCUGGAAUACCUUACUGCUGAGGUGUUGGAGUUGGCUGGGAACGCCUCCAAAGACUUGAAGGUGAAGCGUAUCACACCCCGCCAUCUGCAGCUUGCAAUCCGUGGUGAUGAGGAACUGGACUCCCUCAUCAAGGCCACCAUUGCGGGCGGUGGUGUCAUCCCUCACAUCCACAAGUCCCUCAUUGGCAAGAAGGGUUCACAGAAACCUGUAUAAGCCGCCUCUUCCCCUUAGGUUUUAGUGGGCUGGGUAACUGGCCGUCUAAUGUUAAGAUGUGUGUGACUGGGCCGAGUGCUGCGGCCUGAGUGAGGAUGCUUUGUUUGUACGUCAGUGAUGGGCUGAGGUGGGGCAUCCUGGCUUUCCCAGGCGGUACCACCUUAACCCUCGUGCCCUCCCCAUUAACAUUUUUUUUCAUUCUUUAUUUAUUUAUUUUUUUUUAAUUUAAUUUUUUAAUUUUUAAUUUUUAAUUUUUUUUUUUUUUUAUAUUUUUUUUUUUGUUCUACCUCGUAAAGGCUCAUCAGCCUACACACUCUUGUUCCAGUAGAACAGGGCCUCUGUGGUACCAUUGCAUUGCCCACUGAGGUAUAUGAUCUGUUGUAAUGAAAGUUCUGCAGCCAAUUUAUUGUUUUCACAUGAACUAAUCUUAAUGUUAGUUCUUAAUUUGUUCAGUAUGGUUUUAUAAGAAUUUUAUUUAGUAAAAUAUUUUGAUCAGGAAUUAUAAAAGGGGAGACAUUCCUCCAUUUCCACUUUAAAAGUGUCAUGUAUUACUUGAAGUACAAUUUUCAGUGUUUUGAUAAUGUGUAGAGUAAGUCCCACUAUACAUAUUGUAAUUAGUGCAUUCUCUACAAUAUAAUGUAUAUUCAUUUUUUAA